AUGGGCGUCUCCGCAUAUUUCGAGCUAAGCUGGUCGAUUCUGAGCACCAUCGGCUUGUUCCUGACCGUCAUCGGGGUUUGGGCUAUCCUCAUUACUCGCGUGUCACCACUACAUCUCGUGCCAAUCGUCGUGUCUAUCGCAUGCGCUGUCGCAAAUGGCCUCUGCUACUAUGCUUUUUACGCCGAGUAUCCGACAAGGCAGCGAGUCGUUGCCAGCGUCUUUGCCGAUAUAUUCUGGCUGAUCCAAGAAGCCGGCCUCUCCUUCUAUAGUUACCAAAUCCUCGUCCACACCCUCAAAGACCGGGCCAUCAUCAUUUUCCGCACUAUCUUCUGGUCAUUAAUGACCUGCAUCGUUGCAAUCCGCAUAGCCAUCGCCGCCACACGCGCCGUCGAAAUCGCCACAGGCGAUCCCCUCCAACACCGCGUCGACUACCUCCACGUCGGCUACUUUACCGCCAUCGCCCUAGUCGAAACCAGCAGCGCCGCAUUCCUAAUUCGCCUCCUCCGCGACGCCUACGGCAUGUCACCCUGGAGCUCGCCAACUCAAGAUCUCUUCCGACACUUACUACAAUCAACCGAGAUCCGACUUGCAAGCUUGUGCUGCAUCGGUAUCCUGCGUGCGGUUACGUUCUCGUUGCGUACUACGGCGCAGAGCGCUACGACUGUCGCGGGCGAGUUUGAUCGGUUCGCGUAUACGCUUGAGUGUCUUUUCCCGGUUAUUUUUAUUAUUGAUAUUCUCGCGUCGAAGAGGUUCCGCUUUGAUAAUCAUAGUCUUGUCUAUUGUAGUGAUCCGCCGGAUGGGCAUCCGGGUUGGGUUGGACAUCGGACGAGGCGGCAUUCGCGGUGGGCGGCUAUGUCACCGGGGCAUUCUUAG